AUGGGCGUGUUCGACGGCCACUCGUCGCUGGAUGAAGACGGUUCCACCGCUGAACUGGCCAAGCUGCUGGACGCGCCGGUUAUCCUGAUUGCCGACGCCGGCAAGGUGGCGCGCAGUGUGGCGGCGGAGGUGCUGGGAUACCAGCAGUUUGAUCCUGAUCUCCGCAUCGCCGGCGUCAUUCUGAACGGCGUGGGCAGCGAGCGGCACCUGGAGUUUUGCCAGCCGCAGAUCGAGGCGACCACAGGACUGCCGGUGGUGGGAUGGCUGCCGCGGCGGGAUGACCUGGUGCAGCCGGAGCGUCAUUUGGGCCUGAUUCCAACGGUAGAGGGGACGGUGGUCAACGAAUGGUACGAGGCUCUGAACGCGCAGGUGGAGAAGACGAUCGACAUCGAUGCCAUCGCCCGCAUUGCCGCCGGCGCCGGCAAGCCGGGAACGGGCGCAUCGCAGGUGUUUCCGGCGGAUGCCCAACCGAAGCGGACGAUGAUUGCCGUGGCGCAGGAUCGGGCGUUCUCCUUUUAUUAUCAGGACUCGCUGGAUUUGCUGGAGGCGUGGGGCGCCGAAGUUGUGCCGUUCUCUCCACUGGAUGAUGAUCGGCUGCCUGAGGGUGGGCGGCGUAUAUCUGGGUGGAGGGUUUCCGGAGCUGUUUGCCGAUGA